GUCUUUCUCCUGUGGCACAUAUAGCGUCAGGAGGAAAAAUGGGGCAAUUAACCCAUCUUUUUUUUAUCGUUUUUCUCAGUUUGAGAUCCAUUUAAAGAUGUGGGACAAAGAUAAAGUCUAGAUGUCACUUUCAUUUGUUCCCGUCAGUCAACCCCUGGGGAUUCAUUAUGUUCCACCAGCUGAAGGACGAGACAGUGAACGGCAGCUGUCAGGGAGCCACAUUGGACUGCAAUAAGAGCGCUGAUGGAAACGCGCUUCAGCUGCCCACUUUUUCCACCGCAGCCAAAAUCCGAGUGAUCAUCACCUUCACUCUGUGCGCGGUGUCUGCUGUGUGCAACCUGAUUGUGCUGUGGGCAGCCGGCAAAGGCGGAAAGCGCAAGUCGCACGUCAGGAUCCUCAUAAUGAACCUGACGGUGGCGGACCUGCUGGUGACUUUCAUAGUGAUGCCCGUGGACGCGGUGUGGAACAUCACGGUGCAGUGGCAGGCGGGAGACGCCGCCUGCAGGCUGCUCAUGUUCAUGAAGCUUGUGGCCAUGUACUCCUGCGCUUUUGUGACUGUGGUGAUCAGUCUGGACAGGCAGUCUGCCAUCCUCAAUCCUCUGGGUAUCAGCGAGGCCAAAAGAAAGAGCAAAAUCAUGUUGACCAUGGCCUGGACCCUGAGCUUGAUCCUCUCACUCCCUCAGGAUGCCACCUGUGUGGAACAAUAUAUUUUAUGGCUGGAUCUAAAAGUCUGGCAAGGACAUUUUAUUGUGACCUGGAAAGAAGCAGGACUUGCAGGAAAGAGAUCAAUUCUGAGAUAUAUGUUUAUUUUCCACAAUGUGACCAUAACGGUGCCAGAGAACUUCACCCAGUGCACCACCCAUGGCAGUUUUGUCCAUCGCUGGCAGGAGACUCUCUAUAAUAUGUUCACAUUUACAUGCCUCUUCCUCCUUCCCUUGAUCAUCAUGAUUUUCUGCUACACACGAAUCCUUGUGGAGAUAUCCAGCCGCAUGGCUCAGAAUAACACUCUGUCCAGAGACAUCCAUCUCCGGCGUUCACACAGUAACAUCCCAAAGGCUCGGAUGAGGACUCUGAAGAUGAGCAUCGUCAUUGUGACAUCGUUCAUCAUCUGCUGGACGCCGUACUACCUGCUUGGCCUGUGGUAUUGGUUGUUUCCCGAAGAAAUGGAGGAGACGGUCUCUCAUUCGCUCACUCACAUGCUGUUCAUAUUUGGCCUCUUCAAUGCAUGUUUGGACCCCAUUACCUACGGCCUGUUUACAAUUCACUUUCGUCAAGGUCUGAGGAGACGUCGGCAAAAUUCAAACACUCGGACUGAGUUAGGAAACAACACCUGUCUGGUGCAAGUUUCUUUCUUAUCGUCUCGUAGGCGGAUUACAUCUGGUAGUCCUGGUAAACAUACAGGGGAGGGAAAUCACUGCUGCAACUCUAAAAACGCCUCAAGUCCUGUCAUUUCAGUAAGUAAGGUUUAGUGGCUAAAAGCCUUUCAGGGAUAAGUGGGCAUCUUUAUUUAUUAAUGAUAGCUAGUUUAGUGAUUUUGUUCUGUAAAGCCUCAAAUGUUGUCUUUGUAGUCAAAAUAUGUAUACUCAGUACUAAUGACAAGAUUUAAAAAAGCAAAUGCAGACUCCAAUAUGCUACUGUUUUUGCAAAGAUUAGGAAAAACUUGUCAUAAAGUUUUGUUGAGAGAAACUUUGCAGCUCCAGACCCAUGGGUGAUUUAUAUCCAUGAUGAAUUAUCUUACAGUUGCAAAAACAUCUUUAAUAUUUGUGCCUCAGUGUUGCGCUGCUGUCUGGUUUGGAAAAUAAUAAAUCAGUUUCUUAGAUUAGUCAUGCCUAAAUAUUUAAUGCAUAUUGGAUUUUUUUGUGGCAGGGCUGAUCACAUAGAAACUUUAUCUUACAUCAAAUUCACACCUAUCUUUAGUUUCACAUCUGGUGAUUUUGAAGAGAAGUCCAAAUACUGUUGUAAAAUCUGUUGUAAAGCAUGCUGCUACUGCAGCUUAAAUGCAAAAAAAAAAAAAAUUUAAAUUUCUUACCUGAGAAACUUGUGCUUGCAAACAACACCCAUUUUUGCCCCGGUGGUCUGGCUGUUGACUUCAUUAUGGCUGUCUGUUGUAGUCAUGGUAUAAACUGUGUUGUCUUUUCAUCCCUCAGCUUGGGGUGUCCAUUUAAAACAUUUCUAUUAUGUGCUAGAAAAUCCAUUUUGUGUUUUAAAGAGCAGCCUCUGUUUUAGAGAUACAUCAGAAAGUACAUUUUAUGAGAAAUUCUCUGAUUUGAAAAAUAAUGCAAAGAGUGAUUGUAAUUUAUCUUUAUAAAAUUAUUUAAGAUUAUUAGGUUUGACCAUAAACAUGCGACAAAAUUGCCUGGUAAAAUAACUUCCACUUUAGAGAGAAACAAAGACAGAAUUUACUUUAAAUUUACUUUAAAAUUAGUUUAACACACUGCCUUCUUUGUAUUUUUAAAAAAUAUAAAUGGCUGUUAUUUUUGAAGACAACACACUGUAGAACACACAUUAUCGGACUUGUGUAUAACUGCAAGCAGAUUCACGUUUCCUCUUUUUUUCUCUUGGAGUGUAUGUUUUUGGUACACAGACGCACAAUUAUUUAGUUGCCUUACCUUAUUUGAGGAACUACGUAUAACUAAAAAUACAUUCAAAGAAUAAAAGUGAAUGUUAGGUUACUUGUUGAAUCCAAACCCACAGUUGAUGUGGAUGUGAAUGUGCAUGCUCAUUCGUCUUCCUGUUUAGAAUGGCCUGUUUUUGGUUUUACUGCAAGACAUUGCAAGACAAUGGAAGUUAUUCUUUGUUUGAGUGAUUAAAAGCUAAGCUGUUUUUAACUCUAUGUAGAUGUUGACAUUUAACGUAUAGGCAGGCUCUUUAAUUUGCUCCCUUUACUGGUGUUGUUUGCAAAUUGAGCAGGACUCAUGUAUGUGUAAAGUAUCAACUACAAUCAAGGCUCAUAUAGAUGACAACUUAUUUAAAAAGGCUGCUAAUCAUUCUAGCUUACAGAUGUAGAGGUUUUUGGACCUGGUAAAACCAGCAUAUGGACUUGUGCGUUAGUGUAAUAUAUUAUCAGCUGUUGCCUUUUUGUAGUCAUUGUCUGGUACAAGCACUCAAAAAAGUUGCAUGAUACUCGAAUAUUUAUAUCAGUAUUAGUGUUAUAAGCUCAUUAUGUUGUGGCUCACCUUUAGUCCUAAAAUAAAGGGAAAAACCCCUACUUUAAAACUGUGAUAUACAUGUUAAAUGAGUGGUAACUGAAAUGUAAAAAUAAGCUUAAAUACACUUGUUUGCUAGAUGUCACUUUUAUUCUGCAAGUGUGGUUGUAUGUUUUAAUGUAUUGUCAGAAUGUCGCUAUUUCUGAAAUGAAGAAAAUGUUAAAAGAUCUGCCUCAAAAUACUUGAACUGUACCACAAUAAUCUAAAUCUCAUUCUGAAUGCAGUUUGAGUUGAGGUCAGACUAUUGACCAUGUCUCUUUGUGUAACAGUCACAUUAGGCAGCACAUGUAACCUCUUGUUGAUUUCAGAAAAUCUCAAUUAAGGGUGAAUAUUUAAACAAUAAAGGGGUAAGUAUUUCAUUUUUCACGAUUAAUUAAACUUCAAAGUGACAACAGUUUGACAUCUAAUUUUGCUGGAAAAGUAGUUGGACAUUUUCUUCAUAAAUGGUUGUCAUCUGGUUAACUGUUAGACAUCAACUGGUUUAUGAAUUAUCUUCCCCAUUGUAGGCUGUGUUUAUCUGAGUGGUCUUUCUCUUUGUUAAAUAAAUGUCAACAAAAGGUG